AUGCCUGGAAUUACGAGCGCCCCGAAGCGGAGCGCGAAUGGGAGUACUAGCUCGCCAUUUCGCAAACCAUUAUUUGUUGCUGAACCUCCAUUGGGCGAGGAUGGCCGACCCAUCAUUCAGAAGGUUCUCAUCGCCAACCGCGGCGAGAUCGCCUGUCGCAUUAUUCAGACUUGUCGGAAGUUGAACAUUUUGUCGGUUGCAGUCUACGUUGACGAGGACUCAUCCUCACGGCAUGUUCGCGACGCCGACGAAGCUAUCAAUAUCGGCAGCAUUGACCGAAGCGACCGGAACCCAUUUCUCAACAUUGAACUCCUCCUUCGAACGGCCGUUACUGUUGGCGCAAAUGCCAUCCAUCCAGGAUAUGGGUAUCUCAGUGAGAAUGCGGAUUUUGCCAACAGUGUGCGCGAGGCUGGACUCAUUUUCAUCGGGCCAAGCGCGAGCGCUAUGUCUACCCUGGGCGAUAAACGAUCAUCCAAAGCAUAUCUGGGGGAACACGCACCAGAUGUUCCCUUGAUUCCCGGCUUUUCCGGAUCGAGCCAAGACGCCGAAGCAUUGAAGCAAGUCGCAGAAGAGAUUGGGUUCCCGGUCAUGCUGAAGGCCUCCGCUGGAGGUGGAGGCAAAGGCAUGCGUAUUGUGCGGGAGUCCAGCCAGCUCAAGGACGAACUUGAACGUGCACAGUCAGAAGCACAGCGUUCAUUCGGCUCAAGCGACUGUAUACUGGAAAAAUACAUUGAAAGCAGCAAACAUGUGGAAAUUCAGAUUCUUGGUGAUUCGCAUGGUGAAGUGGUUUCAUUCUUCGAUCGGGACUGUUCCGUACAAAGACGUCAUCAGAAGGUGAUUGAAGAAACGCCUUGUCCAUUCCUGACAGACGAGACACGCCAGAAAAUGAGCGCGACCGCCGUCCGCAUUGCAAAGCUCAUUGGAUAUGAGAAUGCCGGUACCGUCGAAUUUGUUGUCGAUGUCAAGACUGGCCACUUCUACUUUCUCGAAGUCAAUGCGCGACUGCAAGUCGAGCAUCCCAUCACAGAAGAAGUGACUGGGGUGGAUCUUGUAGCUUUGCAGCUUUUCGUCGCAGCAGGUGGACGGCUUCAAAGCUUGCCUGCUAUCCAAAAAGUGACCCAAGUUGGGCACGCAAUUGAGUGUCGCUUGUGUGCCGAGGACCCUGAGAAGAACUUCUUCCCUGAGCAUGGCAAAGUUCAUUUGUGGCUCCCGGGAACUGGAGACCUGGGCCCUGGUCGAGAUGUUCGCUACGAGACUGCUAUUGAAUCUGGCUCGUCGGUUUCCAUUUAUUUCGAUUCCAUGAUCGCUAAAAUUGUCGUAUGGGCACCUUCACGGGCUCUGGCUGUUGAAAAAAUGGCCAAAGUCCUGGCCCACACAGCCUGUGUCGGUGUCAAAACAAAUCAGCUUUUCAUGCAGGCUUGUCUAUUAAAUAAGGCUUUUCGCGACCCUGCAUAUACUACGUCGUUCAUUCCAACCCACCUUGAUGAGCUUCUUCGGUCACCUUGGAGUCUAAACAUCCCCGAGGCGGAGAAAGUCCUCUCAGUCAUUCCCAGCGUGAUUGCUCGGAAAUUGCCUGACUACAUCCCAUCCACUUCACAUCGCAAGCCUUUCAGCAAUGUCCGCAAGCAAUUCCGCAACCAAAGAUAUGAUCCUGUCAACAUCCACUGUGAUAUUGUGACAAAGAACGGAUGGCCCCGAGUCGCAUCCAGCAAGGAGGACACUCCAUCAAAGCUCAUGUGUGUUUGGAAGGCACAGAACACUCACCUAUCCUCGGCAAGCGAGGAAGCAUACUUGUUCCCUGUACCAGAUGCAACCGACAGCCAAGAGACAGCCAAAUCGGCAGCGAUGAAAGUUUCUGCACAGUACAACAGUAUCAGCCAAGCCCUGAGGACCGGAGAGUUUUUAUCUACCCCUCAUAUGGUGAAGAUUGAGACGUGGCGCCCUGCCGAGGGCAAUGCCGCAUUGACUGAAUCGUGGCUCACAUCCACAAUGGAGAUCUCAAUAGACGGAUCGAAGGUCCUUGCACAUGUCGCAUUACCUUCGGUGCAGCCUUACGCCCUAGCCGGUCAAACAGAUCGCAGCCAGAGGGUCUUCUGUCAUCUGCCCGCACUGGGAACUCAUGUUGAGUUCAAGCGUGAUACAUUGUUGUCCUUCGCCGAGAGUACUCGAGCAGUGGUUAAGGAGAAGGAUGGUCCUGAACAGAAGACGGUCACUGCACCGAUGCCUUGUAAGGUGCUUUCCGUUCUGAAGAAGAAUGGCGAUGAGGUCAAAUCUGGAGAGACGGUUAUGGUUAUUGAGAGCAUGAAGAUGGAGGUUAGUCUUGCUGUGGCAGCAUCAGGCAAAUUCGAAUCAGAAUGGAAGACGGGAGAUGCUGUAGAAGAGGGGAGAGUUCUAUGUUCAGUUGUUUGA